UUUCUGUGGCCCCACCACUACAGAUUGUCAUGAUUGGUUAAGAGAAGUGCAUGACAGCACAUCUUAUCUUUGAUCAAACUACAUAAAAGCAGCAACAGGCUUCAGUGCAUCACAGCUUUGAAGACAGAGCAAAGACCAACCAAUAGCAGCCUGCCACCCCAACACGAGUGAUCGACCAACAAACAUGGCAAGCGUGAUGUUCACUGCAGUGGCAGACGAAGGUGGUAACAUCGGACCCUACGAUGGAGACACAACUGUGAUUUUCAGGAAGGUGAUUACAAACAUUGGUGGAGGCUACGAUAACACCUCAGGUAUCUUCACAGCUCCUUAUGCUGGUUAUUAUUACUUUUCCUUCUUCUAUCGUGCUGGAAAAGAACUUCAAUCAGGGCUGACUCUGAUGAAGAACAGCACUGUUAUCGUCAAGGCAUUUGAUAACAAACCGCCGAGCGUCCACAGCAUUGACAAUGCAGGAAAUGCUGCCUGCCUGGAGCUGCAAGCAGGAGAUCAGGUGUUCGUCAUCCUGCCUGCAAAGCAUCAAGUUUGGGGAGCCAACAACUGCACCACCUUCAGUGGUUUCCUGAUCAAACAAAUGUGAGAGUUGGAUGACUCCAGAAGGAUGAUUCCCAAACCUGAGAUCAAUUAGAUGUCUGCUGUAUUAACAUUAAAAUUAGAAUUUAGAUUAAAACAGAUGCCUUGAGAAACAAAACAUUCAUUUCAUACUAAGUGUCACUUUUGUGAUAUGAAAAAUUAAAAUCUAGUGAUCCAAAGAGGAUCAGAUUGGACAUGUGCUUUCCUUCUUAUUUCACCCUCAGGUCCACAUUUUGUACACAAGAUGUUCUGUGCUUAACAGACUCAAACAAACUUCACAGAUAAAAAUGAAAUAUGAAAUAUUUAAUUCAUGAUCUCAGGUGUGAGGGAAGUUCCUGUGGGUUUUUUCCAAUAUGCUUUUGCUUUUGCCUCAGAAAAUUGAUGUGUCUUGUCGGGAAACUAAAUACAAGUAAACUCAUUAUAAAGGAGUUUAGUCUGGAGGGGGGACUGAAACCUCUUCCUGUGUUCUCAGAGUAUUAAUACUCUAUCUGCACAACAAUGGAGGAGUUUAAGGAGCAGGUGAUGGAUGUUUGAGAUGUUGUCAUGUGUGACGGAUAAGAGAAGAACAACAUGUUUUAAGCCAAGAAAAUGUCAUGACCACAUGAAGGAAGGUCCAACAGCUCCAGGAGAAACAUCAUGUACAUCCUGUUGUUGUCAGCUCAGUGUGCUUUAAGAACUGAGGAGAGACUGCCUCUGCUCAGUCACAUCUGUGUAAUGCUGAUGAUGCCUCUUGCUUGCAAGCAAUAAAAGAUCUACUGAUUAUCUGAA